CCCUGGGCCGCCGGGAGCCGGGAGGGCGGCGCCGGGCUGAGGCGGCGGGGGCUGCUCAGAUGCUUUCCAAGAGUAAGGGGUAGCACUGUGCUGAUGCCGCCAUUGUCAAAUUGGAACACUCUGCCUGCCUCUGUCCUUCCCUGUGUCUGGGAGCUUCUGAUUGGGAGAGGAAGCUGUUCAUGUUCACACUGGGCAGGUGGAAGCUGAGGCCACAGAAAUGACCUGGUCCUAUGUGAAGAAGCUGUCCUUCACCCUGCUGGAUGCCAUCACUGACAAGGACCCUAUGGUGCAGGAACAGGUCUGCAGCUCUCUGUGCUCCCUUGGAGAGGCACAGCCACAGGAGACACUCCACGCCUGUGAGGAGUACUUACGGCAUCAUGACAAGUUGGCACAUCCAUACCGCACAAUGAUUCUGAGGGCCAUGGAGAUGAUCCUGAGCAGUCAUAUCCACGAACUGGACAAGGACACAGCCAGCAUAGUCAUCCUCCUGGCUUGCAGUGAGAUGACCAGGACCAAGGAGCUGAGCUGUGAGUGGCAGCAGGCUGCAAGCAGUGUCCUGGUGGCUGUGGGGAAGCACUUUGUCAACCAGGUGAUGGAGGAGGUGCUCAUCAGGUUCCAGCCUGGGAUCUUGCCGCACUGCUCUGUGCUGCAGACGCUCGCCAGCCUCUCCGUGUCUAAUGCCUUUGGCAUGGUCCCCUUCCUGCCUUCCAUCCUGAGUACCAUGAUACCCAUGCUGAGUAUGGCCAAGCAGGACACGCUGAGGGUGGUGUUCUGCUGUGCCCUGCAGCACUUCAGCGAGAGUACUCUGGAGUACCUGGCCAACCUGGACCAAGCUCCAGACCCAACGGUCAGGAAGGACACUUUUGCUGCUGACAUCGUUGGUGCCUACGACAUUCUUUUCCACCACUGGCUGCAGAGCCGAGAUGCCAAGCUCCGCCUUGCAGUGGUGUCAGCUCUGGGGCCCAUGAGUCACCUGUUGCCCAGUGAGAAGUUGGAGGAACAGCUUCCCAAGCUCCUCCCUGGAGUCCUUGGCCUCUACAAGAAGCAUGCAGAGACCUUCCAAAUAUCCAAGAGCCUGGGCCAGAUCCUGGAGGCAGCAGUGAGUGUGAGCAGUCGCACGCUGGACGUUCAGCUUGAUGUCCUCCUGGUGGCGCUUCAUUCCCAGAUUUGUGUGCCUGUGGAGUCCUCAAGCCCCUUGGUGAUGAGCAGCCAGAAGGAGGUGCUACGCUGCUUCACAGUGCUGGCCUGCUGUUCACCUGACCGCCUGCUGGCCUUCUUGCUGCCCAAGCUGGACACCAGCAAUGAGAGGCUCCGUGUGGGCACCCUGCAGAUCCUGAGGCACAUCAUAAAUUCAGCCGCUGCUCACAUGGAAGCGAAGAAACCCUUUAUCCUGUCUUCCAUGAGGCUUCCUCUCCUGGACACCAACACCAAGGUGAAACGGGCUGUGGUACAGGUUAUCAGUGCCAUGGCCCACCAUGGCUACCUGGAGCAACCUGGAGGCGAGGUGAUGGUCGAGUACAUCGUGCAGCAGUGCGCACUGCCGCCUGAGCAGGAGCCGGAGCAGUCGGGUGCAGAUUGUGAGGGCCUGGUGACAGACAGUGUGCGGGCGGUGAGUGUCCGCACCCUCUACCUGGUCAGCACCACAGUGGACAGAAUGAGCGACGUCCUUUGGCCCUACCUGCUCGAGUUUCUCACCCCGGCGCGCUUCACCACCGCACUCACCCCACUGUGCAGGAGUCUUGUGCAUCUGGCCCUGAAGAGGCAGGAGACAGGGGCAGAUGCCUUCCUGGUCCACUACGACAAGCAUGCCAACCUCCCGUCUCCCUACGCUGUGACCACAAGACUGCUGGUUGUGUCUUCCAGCCCUUACCUGGGGGAUGGGCGUGGGGCAGCUGCAUUGCGUCUCCUGAAGGUUAUGCACCGGGAUAUCCACCCUUUGCUGGGCCAGCGAUGGGAGAAAACUGUGCCCCUGCUGCUGGAGUACCUGGAUGCUCUCAGAGACGGGGAAGUGCUGGUGAUCCACUUGUGCAUGUUGGGAUGGACCUGCCUGGAUGGACCCUGGCCCACUGGAUGGCUGGUCAUUUCAGAGCACACAGAGGAAUCCUUGUCGCUGAAAGAAUGGGAAGAAAAGCUUCUGGUGUUCCUGCGGGAUACCCUGACAGUAGUUUCUGACAACACGUGGAUCUGCCAGCUGAGCCUAGAGAUGUGCAAGCAGCUGCCCUGCUACAAUGGGACACCCCAGGAAAAGAACUUCCUGUAUAAAUGCAUAGGAACCACACUGGGCGCUGCUUCAAGUAAGGAGGUGGUGAGAAAACACCUGCAAGAGCUGCUGGAGACAGCCAGAUACCAAGAGGACACAGAGCGAGAGGGCCUUGCCUGCUGCCUUGGUAUCUGUGCCAUUACCCACCUCGAGGACACCCUGGCACAGUUGCAGGACUUCGUGAAGUCAGACAUGUUCAGGAAGUCCAUUGGCAUCUUCAGUAUUUUUAAGGACCGGAGUGAGCAUGAGGCAGAGAGAGUGAAGAGUGCUCUGAUCCUGUGCUAUGGGCACGUGGCUGCUCAGGCGCCGCGUGAACUGGUGCUGGCCAGAGUGGAGUCAGACAUCCUCCGCAACAUGUACCAGUGCUUCAGCACCAAGGUUCUGGGAAUAAAGGUAGAAACCAAGGACCCAGCCCUAAAGCUGUGCCUCAUCCAGAGCCUGUGCAUGGUCAGCCAGGCCAUCUGCAGCAGCACCCAAGCCAGCUCCUUCCACUUCUCGAGGAAAGCAGAGCUGGUGGCACAGAUGAUGGAGUUCAUCAGGAUGGAACCUCCAGACUGCCUGCGGACACCCAUUCGGAAGAAAGCCAUGCUUGCCUGCAUGUACCUAGUGAACUUGGAGCCAGCACUGGAGGAGCAGGCCCAGGCAGACGUGAUCCACGGCUGCCUACACAGUGUCAUGGCCUUGCCAGCCGAGUCUGAGGGGGAAGAUGGUGCUUGCCAGAAGACCCUGUAUCUGGACACAGUCCGUGCCCUUGAGGAUCUUCUGACGAGUCUGCUUCAGCGGAACAUGACCCCCCAGGGCCUGCAAAUCAUGGUUGAGCACCUGAGCCCAUGGAUCAAGUCCCCGAGGGGUCAUGAGCGGGCACGGGCUCUUGGCCUGGGUGCCUGCCUACUGCAGUUCUUCCUGGGGCAUCUUCAUGUCAGUGCCCUGGUGCCCUUCCACAACCUGGGCCUCCUUGUUGGUCUCUUUUCUCCACGGUGUGCAGACAUGUGGCCUGCCACGCGCCAGGAAGCUGUGGGCUGUGUCUACUCCCUGCUCUACUUACAGCUGGGCUAUGAGGGCUUCUCUAGAGACUAUCGUGAUGAUGUGGCUGAGCGGCUCCUGUCCCUCAGAGAUGGUCUGGUGCACCCUGACCCCACCAUCCUCUUCCAUACCUGCCACAGCAUCGCUCAGGUUAUCGCCAAGCGCCUCCCACCAGACCAGCUCAUCAGCUUCUUGCUGACCAUGUUUGAGAGCCUGGGAGACCCUGACAAGAACUGUUCUCGUGCAGCCACUGUCAUGGUCAACUGCCUGCUGAAGGAGCGGGGCAACAUGUUACUCGAGAAGGUACCUGAGAUUGUGAGUGUACUGCGAGCCAAGCUGCGGGAUACCCAGGAAGAGCACGUACUGCCGGCUGCCCAACACAGCAUAUACCUUCUGGCAUCUCAGCACUGUGAGGCUGUUGUGUCCAGUCUCCUAGGAAGCCCUUUGCCUUUUGACAGUCAUACCUGUGCCCUGUGGCGGGCACUGGCUGUGGAACCUGGCCUUGCCACUCAGGUCCUGGGGCUGCUCCUAGAGAAGUUGAGCAGGGAUGUCCCGUUCAAAGAGAGUCGAACUUUCCUGCUGGGCAGCACUCCUGACCGUGUGGCCACACUGCUGCCUCUUGCGGCCACCUGUGCGCUGCAUGAAGUUGUGUCUGCCCCGUCGUCAGGAAGCGCCGUGCUGGAGCUCUAUCCCCAGCUCUUUGUGGAGCUCCUGCUACGAGUCAGCUGUACUGUGGGUGUCCAGCUUCCCCGUAGCCUGCUUGGUAAGGAGCGGAAGAGCACUAACCCAGCACUGGCCACCAGGAGCCUUGAGCCAUGCAGCUCUGCAGUGGACACUUUGCAAACCAUGAUGCUUCGAGGUGGCAACGAAGACGUGGUGCAGUGCAUGGAGCUGAAGGGUGGCUGGGAGUUACUCAGGACCUCAACAGGACAUGAGGAUGGGGUUACCCAUCUGGCCAGUGCCAUGGCAAAGUGUGCAGGCCCCCGGCUCCCCCCGGUGAUGAAGGCACUGGCAUGCACCCAGAGCAGCGUGUAUGAGAUCCAGAGAGUCACCUCCACAGCCUUCCUGGCAGAGCUGCUCAGCAGCAAUGUAGUCAAUGACCUGAUGCUCCUGGAGCCAUUACUGGAGAGCCUGGCUGCCCGGCAGAAGGAUUCAAGUGCCAGUGUGCGGCGUCUGGUACUACGUGGCCUGGCCAACAUUGCUUCUGGCUCUCCUGAUAAGGUGCGGGCCCAUGGCCCCCAGCUCCUGACAGCCAUGAUCAGUGGGCUGGACGAUGGGGAUGACCCACACAGCCUGGUAGCCCUGGAAGCCAUGGUGGGCCUUGCACGGCUGCUGGACCUCGUGGAGCCCUGGGACCUGCGCUUGGUGCUGCUGCACACAGCCAUCCGCAUCCGGCCCUUCUUUGACAGUGAGAGAGUGGAGUUCAGGACAGCAUCCAUUCGCCUUUUUGGGCACCUCAACAAGGUCUGUCAUAAGGACUGUGAGGACGUCUUCCUGGAGCAGGUUGUGGGGGGACUGGUCCCCCUCCUGCUGCACCUGCAGGACCCACAGAGUCCUGUGGCCAUGGCCUGUAGGUUUGCCUUGUGCAUGUGUGUGCCCCACUUGGAGUGUGUGGAGCUGGCGGCUGCCUUCCAGAAGCACCUACAAGAGGACCGCAGUAUGCAUUUUGGAGAAUUCCUCAAUUCCACCUGCAAGCACCUGAUGCACCACUUUCCUGACCUGUUGGGCCGCCUAGUAAGCACCAACCUAUUCUACUUCAAGAGCAGCUGGGAUGAUGUCCGGGCCGCUGCUCCCAUGUUCAUAGGGUUCCUGGUGCUGCACGCAGAGCCCGAGCACAGAGCACAAGUGGACCUGGAGCAGCUCACUGCAGCACUGCAACUCCUUCUGAGGGACCCAGUGCCUGGAGUGCGAGAGAAGGCUGCUGAGACACUGGGACGCCUGGUCAAGUUUGCCUGAGGCUGAGCGCAUCCCCACAUGCAAUAUACCAGCUGGCCCUGCCUGGAGGACUCUGCUGUCAGGCAGGGCCAAGACUGUGCACCGUGACCUGCUACCCAAUAAAGCCCUUUAGUCCUCAGCA